AUGGCUCUAGAUGCUGGGGCAUCGCCUGAUCGACCAGGAUCACGUCUCGAAGAGCACCCUGCCGCUCUGGCAGCGAUCCAUGGCCGCCUGGAGAUGUUGCAGCUUCUGGGGAAGAGGGGCCUGGAUAUUCAAGACAAGAGAACAAACAUUCUUGCAUCCUUUAGUGGAAAGAAGCUAGGCGAUAAGACAUCAUUUGUUCAUAUUAUUGAGAAACAGGCGGAAUUCAAUCCAAACGGGCUGGAGGACCGAAUCUCUUGGGAUACUUUGCUUAUGAUGGCAGCCAAAUCUGGCCACGAGCCAAUCGUGCGGUUUCUCCUGGAACUAUCGCCACAAGCCCCCAAAGCCCAUCCUCCAGUGCAGUGGACAAUGCAUGCCUCUCUGUCUGCUGCGGUCUCGAACGGCCAUCUUUCUGUCGUGGAGCUUCUCCUCGACCGGGGAGCAUGUAUGGAAACUAAAGAUGGCAACGUUACUCUCCUUCUGAGGGCAAUCAUGACGGGGAAUCAGGAUAUCGUUCAGCUUCUCUUGAGGCGGGGUCGCAAGCCGAGCAACUCAGAUUCAGUCCGAAUGCGAUUGAUUUGUGUGGCUGCUAAGGCCGACCAGCUUGAGAGUGUGCGGUGUUUUCUGCACGCCGGUGCUCUAUUGCACCCGGAGCCAAAUCUACCGAUGGCAAUGGACACACUCAACAAUGCUGUUACAUACGGAAGCGUCCCUGUGAUAGACUUACUUCUGGAAAGUUUCGAUUACGUCCAACUGGCAACGGAACCUAAGCAUAAAACAAUUGUUCUAUGUGCGGCUACUGCUUGUGGCCGAACUGCUCUUGUCCGUGACCUACUCGAAAGCCACGGCUGCAAUCUGAAUGGAUACGACGAAGAUUCCUAUGGAUGUCCGCCACCGUUGUGUUUGGCAGUGAAGUACGGUCAUGCGGAGAUUGUCGCGCUUCUGCUCGCCCAUGGAGCCGAUCCGAGUCCUAAGUUCCUCCCCGGUCCAGGGAAACCAAUGCCGCCUAAUCUGCUCUGGUACGCUGCAAGCCGUGGCUACGAGCGCAUCGUAGUGCUUCUUUUGGCAGCAGGCAUUGACCCGAAUGACUCUCAGCCCCUGGAGGGAUCAGCCCUCGAGCCAUAUGUUAAGCAGUCAAUACGGCAUGACGGUAUCUUCCGCCGUCUUCUAGAUGCGGGGCUUGACUUGGGACAACAUUUGCGCCCAGACAGCACAGUUGCGAACGCUGUAGUGAGAGCCGGCCGACCAGCGAUGGUGCGGAUGAUGCUGCAUGACCUGUGGAGCCACGUAUACAAAUAUACAGUUGUGACGGACGCGCUCGUCAACGGCAAGGAGGUCUUUGGCCUGAUCUACGAGAGUCCCCAAUGGUUUCCCUCAACGGCAGUACCCCCCUGGCUGUCGUGGCGUGCGAAGGAAAACUUGAACCAGUACGUCUGCUGCUCGACUGCGGUGCAAACCCACUCAAUGGCGGCUUUGUGGACGAGUCGCCAUUAUGUAGAGCGGCUGGCUCUGAGGCAUGUGGUAGCGAACAUGUGGUGA